AUGUCUCAUACCAAUAAGUCAAAACCUGCUAAUUUUGAUGUUAGUUUUGCUGAAACUACUCAACGAAACCGUUUAAAUCAUAAUGUCUCUCCUGAUUCUUCCCCACCUGAUUCCUCCCAACCUCUUGUUCAAGGUCGACGACCUAGCCAACCUCAUGUUCAAGGUCGACGACCUAGUCAACCCUUUGUUCAAGGGCGACGACCCAGUCAACCCCUUGUCCAAGAACGACGACCCAGUCAACCUUUUGUUCAGGAACGACGACCUAGUCAACCUUUUGUUCAAGGGAGACGACCUAGUCAACCUUUUAUUCAAGGGAGACGACCUAGUCAACCCCUUGUUCAAGGGCGACGACCUAGUCAACCUCUUAUUCAAGGGCGACGACCUAGUCAACCUCUUGUUCGUCCAGAAAGACGACGACCUAGUCGUGCUAUGAUCCAUGACGAAGAUCCUGCAUUUUUACGUACAAGAAUAAGAAAUGAAAAUGUCUCAUGUUUUAAAGAAAUAUUCGAGUAUUUUAAAUAUGGUGAAAGAAUACAUUAUUGGAUAUUAUUUUCUAAUAUUUUAACUUUUUGGGCACCAUCUUUUUUAUUAAGUAAAUUGGGUGGGAUGAAAAAACCGGUUGUUCGUCAGGCUUGGAGAGAAAAGGCAUGGUUAAUCUUUUAUGCCAACCUUGUUUUAUAUGUUUCCACCGUAAUUCCUUUUUCGCAACAACUUCCGCCAGACUAUACAUUAGUGAAGACUUUUAUAGAUAACCCUAUAAUUUAUGGCAACAUUUAUGAUUUCAAAAAAUUGAGUAAUUUUUUUAAUACUUUACAAAUGAAUCUUACAAAUGACUAUAAAAACGCCGACCUCAGCGCAAUUUUUGACAAUACUAAUGGAAGAUGUGAACAGUUCGAUAUACCACGUAAUGUUACGUUUAGUUGUAAGGUCAAAAACCCUUUUGGUGAAGAUUCACUUCAAAUGCCAGCAGGAACGUGCAUUCCUAUAAAAAAUUUGAACGUGAAACCUAUCGCUUCUUUGGCUUUUGAGUGGAAUGAUUUAAAACCAAAUAAGCUUAACGAUUGGGAACCGGAAUUACUUGUAUAUGGCAGUACAGUUAUAAACGUGUCUUCAUAUGUCGACAACAUAACAAACUACAACGAUGAAACUGUUCCAGAUUCUACUCUAUCUUUUGUAAAUAAUAUACUUUACGAGAUCUUAUAUACCAAUAACACUAAUGGUAGCCCUCGUAGUAAGGACAUUUCCUGGCUUGCUUCAUAUAACCACAAUUUUAAAAAUGCCAUUCCGUGUAUCUUAUCACGAUAUCAAGCUGGUUUUGUCUUAACUCAAACUGCUGGAUGUUAUAUAAACACUACCAUAACAAUAUUUACUACUGGUACUAUCUUAAUUCUCACAAUGGUGCGAAUUAUCGUAGCAGUUCUCUUCACUUUCACUUUUUCCAAGAAGCUGGUUGAAGUAUCCGACUCUGGAGAAAUGAUCGAUGAUCCUCUUUACACUGUAAUGUUGGUGACUGCUUAUUCUGAAGAUAAAAAUUCUUUACAAACAACGUUAGAUAGCUUAGUGAAAACUGAUUAUAGUGAUGACCACAAGUUAUUUUUUAUUGUUGUGGAUGGAAUGAUCAAAGGUAAGGGGAAUAAGCGUUACACUUCAGAUAUUUGCAUCAACUUUCUCGAGUUAGAUCCGGAAAUGCGCAAUGCUACACCUUGUUCUUAUGUUGCGAUUGCUGAUGCUCCUGCAAUUAUUGUUGUUAAAAUCGGUAGCGAAAAAGAAAUUAAUAGCCCGAAACCUGGCAACCGUGGUAAACGUGACUCUCAGAUGAUUGUUAUGAGUUUCUUUGAGCAUGUAUAUUUCAAUGAAAGAUUUACCGAGUUAGAUUAUGAAUUAUUCUGGAAAAUAUACUACUUAUUGGGUAUUACAGCUGACCAUUUCGAGCUUAUAUUAAUGGUUGACGCUGAUACAAAAGUCGCACCCUCAUCAUUGGCUUAUCUCGUUUCUGCAAUGAAUAAAGAUCCAACUAUUAUGGGUUGCUGUGGAGAAACACGUAUCGCUAAUAAAACGGAGACUUGGGUAACAGCCAUACAAGUUUAUGAAUAUUAUAUUUCUCAUCAUUUGGGAAAAGCUUUCGAAUCAGCUUUUGGUAGUGUAACUUGCUUGCCAGGUUGUUUUUGCAUGUAUCGACUUAAAGCACCAAAGGAUGAUGCAUGGGUUCCAAUUUUGUCCAAUCCUGAUAUUGUCGCAGAAUAUCAAAAGAAUAUUGUAACCACAUUGCAUGAAAAAAAUCUUCUACUUUUAGGAGAAGAUCGAUAUUUAUCAACUCUUAUGCUUCGCACUUUUCCAUAUCGUAAAAUGUUAUUUGUCCCGCAGGCUAUUUGUCAUACUAUUGCACCUAAAACCUUUUCUGUACUACUUUCUCAACGGCGUCGAUGGAUCAAUUCCACCGUUCAUAAUCUUUUUGAACUCGUACUUGUCCGUGACCUUUGUGGAAUUGCAUGCCUCUCGAUGCAAUUUGUGAUUAUGUUGGAUAUUAUUGGAACAUUGAUCUUGCCAUCUGCUCUAUGCUUUACAAUUUAUUUGAUAUUUAACACACUGCUUGGUAACGAAAUACAAUAUCUUCCGCUCAUCCUUUUGGCCAUGAUUUUGGGCUUACCUGGAAUAUUAAUUGUUGUAACAACCCUUUACUUAUUGGCACUUCCUGUUUGGAAUUUUAUCCUUCCUUUAUAUGCAUAUUGGAAUUUUGACGAUUUUUCCUGGGGAGAAACGCGUCAAGUACUUGGUGAUACUGGAAAAGACGAGCAUGGAGACGUCACAGGAAAAUUUGAUUCAAGCAAAUUAAAAAUAAAGACGUGGGAGGAAUGGGAGAAUGAACGUCAUUGUAUUGCCAGAUCAAUAAAAAAGCACGAAUCAUUCAAACGUUCGGCAAAAUAUUUAUCUCGCAAUUCGCAAAUACGAAGAAAACCUACAGAAAUACAAAUUGAUUCUGAUAAAUUUUUAAUGUCAGAGUAA